GCAAUUUCUUACCAAUCUUCUGUAGGAGUCGAAGAGAUUGAAGAUGGAGAUGGAGAUGGCCAAGGCAGAGGUGAAGGCAGAGCUUAAUAGCCGAAGCAGGGGCGUAGGUGGAGGUGCAGGUGAGGCAGAGCAAAACAUUCUUGAAGUCCUCAAUUUUUGGCCUGAAACCAAGAUGAAGUCUAGGGCUUCAUCUUUAGCAUCUACCCUUUCUCUUCGACCUUCUAUGGAUGGAUCUGGUGCUAGACAAGUUGUUUGUGAUCAUGGAUUAGCAGCACGGCUUCACGUUAGCAUGAGUGAGUUAAAUCCAGGAAGAAGCCAGGUGGUGGUGGAGCAAGAGCCUGCAUUUUUUUUGAAUGGGUUGAUGCUGAAUUAUCGAAGAGUAGUGGAGGUGUUGAAAUGGAAGCAAUGGUGUCUAAAAGAGAAAAGGAUGAAAAGUGUAUCUGUGGAAUGGACAGCAAGAAAGGAAUGCUAGAAAAAAUAGAAGAGAAUGGAGGGCUAGAUUCAUUCAGUUUGAAUUUUUAUAGGACUGCUUUUUUUUUUUUUUUUUUUGUAGUGUUGUUUUUGUUACUUGUUUGGUUUUGUUGAAGUGAGGUGCAAUAACAACCAAUUUAUGUUGUCUGUUUUGCUUAGUAAGAUGCCCAAAUGGCUGUUUUGUGUAGUGUAAUAGGAAGUGGUCAUUUUGCUUCUGUUUUGUCAAUGUAAGAUGACCAAAUGGCCAUCCCACCUGUAAUCACAGUUUUUGGAAAUGGACAUUCAAUUUCCUAUUGAUAGUUUCUAGAAAUGAAAAGUGUUUAUUUUG